CGCUCAGGCUCCACCCCUUCCUAAGCACUAGGAGGAAACGUCUCCUCCAUGCUAGGCAAGUGUUCUGUCUGCAGCCCUGAAGAGAUGGAUGAGCAGCUGUUGGCUGCAUUGCCUAAGAGUUCCCUCACCAUCCCAGUCCCAGUCCACCCCUCGUCGGCAGGCUUCUGCAAAAACAGCUGAGCUUCUGUCUUCAAGCUGCUCCAGUUCAGAGCCGGGCAGCAUGGAGAGGAGGGCAUCUCAGGAAAGGAAGUGGACCUGCUUAUGGGCUCUGCGAGACAGGAAGGAGUCUUACUUGUACAAUUGUAUUUCACUACAGGGAAGUUCCCUCCCCUCUUUUAUCCCUGAGGAAGGCUCCCAACCUACAAUUAGGACUUUGUGCACAUUGGUCUUUUCAAGCACACAAACAAGUUACCUUCUGUUAAUGAUCCAUGUACGGAAAAUUGAGCAAAGAACUCAGCCAUUAAGAUAAUUAGCUUGGUUGUAGAGGAAGAGCUGUGACCUAGUAAACAGAAGAGAAAAAGCACGGGGCUGGGGGGGGGGGGGGGUUCCUGGAGUCCGGUGCUCUGCUCUCUAAGACACAACCAGAUGCUUGCCCUUCGUCCUGGCUGACUGGCUGACUGGCCUCUGAGUUCCAAGCACACUUGGUUUUGUGGGGGUCUUGAGGAUUUGGCUUGGGUUCUCAUGCUGGCAUUGCAAAUGCUUUUAACCCCUGAGCCGCCUCCCCAGCUUCUUGGGGCUUUCUCCGUGUAGCCCUGGCUGUCCUGCAUCUCACCCUGUAAACCAGGCUGGCCUUGAACUUGGAUAUCCACCUGCUUCUGCCUCCUGAGUGCUAAAAUUAAAGACGUGUGCCAUGAGGCUCGUUCUUAACUAGUCAAGGUAGACAGAUAACUAGUCUCUGCUAGGUCUAUCUGCAGUUGCGUGCUAGGGAGUUAAUUCAGUAGAGUGCUUGCCUCCCAAGCAGGAGGACUGAGUACCAUCACUGGCACCUCCAUAGAAGGCAGGACAUGCGAGCACAUGCAUCAGGGAGGCAGAGACCGCCUGGAGCUUGUUGGCAGCCAGCCUUGCUUCAUUGGCACGCUGCAGGUCCUGUGACAUCAUCUUAAAAAGCAAGGUGGGUGGCGGCUGCGCUGCGGGACACAGGACUGACCUUGAUCUACACGUGCAAAAGUAACACAGGACUGACCUCUGGGCUACACGUGCAAAAGUAGAUGAAAACGCAGGUCCUCAACCAAAAAAAAAAAGCCGGGCGGUGGUGGCGCACACCUUUAAUCCCAGCACUCGGGAGGCUGAGGCAGGCGGAUCUCUGAGUUCAAGGCCAGCCUGGUCUCCAAAGUGAGUUCCAGGAAAGGCGCAAAGCUACACAGAGAAACCCUGUCUCAAAAAACAAACAAACAAAAAAAAAAAGCGCAGGUCCUCAAUUCCAAAAUUACAUUUAUAUUUCCAGUUAAUAUUUUCAUUUACCCCGGUUUAAAAAAUAAGUAUUUUAAGAUGUACGAAGCAUUAGUAGAACAGACUGUCCUGGGUUAGAAAAUGCCACCUGCCUGUUGUUUUUGUGAUCCCUGAUGUGUUUGAUGAGGGUAGCUGCGGGCCAGUGAGUACUUGUCUAGCAUGUUCCAGCCCUCAGAUUUGAUGAUGCUCAGUGCCAGCAAAAAGUCAAAGAUGCUAAGCCUCAGAGAUGUGAAAAAUGCACCCAUGAAGCCUGAGGGAGCUGACUACUUCAUCAUAGGGUCAUAACUGUGGCCGCUAACAUUCUGCAAAGAUUAAACUUGAAGGGAACUGGACAUGACUCAGCAGUUAAGAGUGCUUACUGUUUCUCCACAGGUGUGGUUCCUAGCACCUGCAUGGUAGUUAUCUGUAACUAGUUCUAGGGGUCCAGGGCGCCCUCUGGCUUCUGUGGGCACCAGGCACAACACUCACAAUAAAUCUUUUUUCAAAAUGAAGCCUAAGCCAGGUAGUGGUGGUGCACGACUUGAAUCCCAGCACUCGGGAGACAGAGGCAGGCAGAACUCUUGAGUUUGAGGCCAUCCUGGUCUACAGAAUGAGUUCUAAGACAGCUGUGUCUACAGAGAAACCCUGUCUCAAAACAAAAAAUAAAGUAAGCAAACCUUUCUUAUACACUCCAGGGUCACCUGCCCAGGGAUGGCACCACCCGCUAUUGGCAGUGGUUAUCAACCUUCCUAAUGUGACCCUUUAAUACAGUUCAUGUUGUGGUGACCCCCAACUAUAAAAUUAUUUUCAUUGCUACUUCGUAACUAUAGUUUUGCUACUGUUAUGAACUGUAAUGUAAAUAAAUCAUAAUAUCAGAUAUGCUGCUCAAGGAGUCACCACCCACAUGUUGAGAACCACUGUUCUAAGGUCGGAGAACAAAUGUCCAGAGGAUUAGGAAGUUGCCUGUUGCCAGGCAAUGCAAAUAGAAUAGUGAGAAUUCCCUCAGUCAAAGUGAUGCCAGUUCAGACUAAACUGCAAAUCUCAAUUUGUAGCCAUUGUGGGUCUCCUUUCCUGAGCUUGACUGCCUGGUACUUCUGUUUCUGUGUUUUCUGAAAGAAUGCCUCAGCUGAGAGCCCCGGAGUCCUGUUUUGAACUAAAUGCAGUUAGGGCAGCCUUGCCUGCCUCUUGAGUGAACAAAAUUAUCUAGAAACAGCCCCUAAGAGACGAAGAGACUACACACACACACACACACACACACACACACACACACACACACACACACACACACGCCACAGCACUCUAUCCCUUAGACGUGCAGGUCGCCAUGACGCCCAUGAAGUUAUUAUGUGCCUGGUGGCUUACAAGAGCUCGUGGAUCUGGCUUCCUGUGUUGGGCUGCAGUCUGGUGGACCCACAGAAGGCCACCACAGCCUGUCCCCCAAAACCGACCUGUCCGUAAUGCAAACAGAUGCUCUUGGCCCAGUCCCAUCACCCUUUCGUUGGGAGCAUUACUGGAAAACUGGAGGCGCCCUGGGGUGUUGCCAAAGCCUCCCCUGUAGUUUUAAAGUAUGGUCGCAGUAAGGGCUGACCCCAGCCCGCGUUCUUAGAAUCUCUGUAGUCCCGCGCCUCAGCAACGCUGGGCGGCAAACCGUGCGCCCUCGUUCCAAACGUCCACUGGCCGAGAGCAGGACGAGGAGAGCGGAGCCCAGGGCUCCAGCUUGGAGGCCACAAACCCACAAGCCGAGUCACUGCUGAGAGCCCGAUGGCCCCAUAGAACUGCGAGGAGCAGGGGGCGCCUGGUCGCCCUUCCUCCCUGAGCCUCCCACGGAUCCCAACAGAGCACACGAUGCCACCGUCGUUAGCGACCAACAGAGUCUCCCUCCGGGAGCUGGCCGACCUGGCAAUCGGCACUCCGGAGGUGGGAGCGGUGAACUUCACGGCCCUGCACACACUGAUAGUGGCCAUGCUCAAGAGCCUCAACCUCCAAGGGGUAGUUAUUGACUUCCACUCCCCGUCGGCUGAGUCUGGCCGCUCCGCUGAUGUGGUCCGAAGCUCCCUUAGCACCCCGCAUGUGUCAAGCAGCAAAGAGAGGCGCCGGAGUCUGUCCAGACCGUCCCUGCCUUCGCAGACGCUGGAGAGCCAGGUGAAGGACCUGGGCACCCAGGUACUGGACCUCAGCAAGCAGAUUAAGAACAUGGACAACAAAGUGCAGGGCAUUGCCACACACGUGGAGCACAUCUCCGGAGUCUCUGACCUCUACCCGGAGUUCCAAAGGCUGGAAGAGGAGAUGACUCUGGUGCCCCCACAGGCGUCCCCACAGACAUCUCCACGUAUAUCCUCACAGAUAUCCCCACAGAUAUCUCCGACAAAGUCCACCAGGAUCUAUGAAUCCAUAGAGAUACAGGAGAAGUCUGAGCCCACAGCUGGGAUGCCCCCACAGGUGAUACAAUCAAGGCUCUCGAAGACUCAGAAAGAUAUCAGCCCACCCAAGGUGGGUACACUGACCUACAGAGGCUCCUCCACGAUACCCAGUCCCUAAGCUGGAAAGGUGUGUGUGCUAGGUCUGGCCUCACACAGCUCCUAUUCUCCCUUGCAGCCCAUGAAUGUGCUCCAAGACCUCGUAGAAGACGUAAAAGCCCUGAAAGAAGUCCACCAGAAGGUGCAGGAGUUCCCUGAACUGAAUGCCCAGGUGAGGACAUCCUAGGGACCACACCUCACAAGUGGGGUGGUCCUUUGCCACA